AUGGAACUUUAGAUUGGUUCGGACGGAUUGAUAUGUGGAAGAUGCAUACCAUUCAAAACUCUUAAGAUCAUUGUUCUUAGUGGGUCAGGUUUGAUUCUUACGAUGUGUCUAAUCAUUGAAAUUCUAGUUUACAUUAACAAAGGUAAAGUAAAUGAUGCUGAUACAGGAGACUAUUCUUCGACCGCCGCAUCCUCCACACUCUUCUUUUUUAAUGUGCAAAUGUAUAUGGGAAUCGUUGGUGGUAUUUCCACACUUUUUGGGAUAGGUGGAAUUCUAAAUAACAACAAGUGUCUAUUGGGAUGUUUUAAUACAUUUAAUUGUUGCUUAUUUUGGGUUUUUGGAUUGGUUUAUCUGAUAGUUUCUUUUUUUUCAAAAAUUUCUGAUUUCACUAAACUUUCAGGUUGUUCACUCUCCUAUGAUUUGGAAAGAGAAGCCUUAUAUAAAAAAGCAAGUCUAAGUCUUUGUCAGGAUAAUUGUGAAUGCUAUUUUUCAGGUACAGUUUCAAAAGAUUAAUCUAAGUAUGUAAUAAAUUUUUCGCCAACAGAUACCACUAUGGCAGUAAAUUUUUAAUAAUGCCCUUAAUCUUUUGAUUCUAACCAACUAAUUAUGUCGUAAUUAAAAUAAAGUGAAACAUUUUAUGAGUGCUCUGGUUGGUGUACAAAAUAUCCGAUUCAAUUAUUUAAUAAUGUGAAUUCCAAGAUAUCUUCAUCUAAUGCUUGCAAAACAACUAUAGAGGAUUAUUGGAAUAAAUUUAGAUAGAUUCUUUAAUACACAUCUUUCCUGAUUGCAUUUUUUUUUGUUUUGAUGUUUGGUUUCACAUGCAUUUAUUGCUUUUACCCUAAAGGUGAUCCUAAAAAUGAUGAAAACACAAAGAUCAGAUUAAUAAAUUAAUGA